GAUGAUCUCUCUCCUAUUAACGCACUGCCGAGAAAAGUCCAAAUCCGGUUCAGCUUCCAGCCGACCGAACCGGUCUAUAUAUGUGGCAAGUUAAGCCCUCAGCAAAUGGAGAAAAGAGACAAAAAAGAGCGCUCCUCGUAUUCGAUAGCGAUGCCUUUGUUGCCGAGCUCGACGCCGCUGAGCCGGAUGGAGGAGGAGAUGGUCGACCAGUACCACAACUCGGUAAUCGGACGGGGCCAGUGCGGAUCGUUCCACGUGCAGCACGUAGCGGCGCCGGCCAUGGUGGUCUGGUCCGUGGUGCGGCAGUUCGACCGGCCUGAUCUCUACAAGAGAUUCGUACGGACGUGCGCGCUGCGGGCUGGGGACGGCCGGGUGCCAGGGAGCGUGCGGGAGGUGUGCGUCGUGUCGGGGCUGCCGGCGGAGACGAGCAUGGAGCGGCUCGACGAGCUGGACGACGACCGCCGCAUUAUCCGGUUCACCAUCGUGGGCGGGGACCACCGGCUCAGGAACUAUCGGUCCACCACGACGGUCCACGACGGCGGUUCGGUCGGCCGGGCGGUGGUGGUGGAGUCGUACGUGGUGGAUGUGCCGCCGGGAAGCACGGAGGAGGAGACGUGCCUCUUCGUGGACACCAUCAUUCGGUGUAACCUAAGGUCCCUGGCCCAUGUCGCGGAGAAAAUGACCCGAUCCUCAUCCAACGGCUGAGAUGCGUCCUUAGUUCCCCCUUUUCCAUUUCCGGUAACUAGAUAGUGCUUGAUGUAUGUACCCAGGUUUUGUUUGGUGUAAAAGUUUCAUGAUGAUUUAGUUUAACCGGUUGGAAUUGAUUAA